AUGGCUAGAAAAAUUACAUUCAUCACGGGUAACCAGAAUAAACUGAUUGAAGUAAUUGACAUUCUCGGUGAUACGGUAGAUCUAAAAAGCCAGUCAUUGGAUUUGACAGAAAUCCAAGGAACAAUCGAGGAGAUAUCCUUAGAUAAAUGCCGAAGGGCAGCAAAUGCGGUCAACGGUCCAGUUCUAGUAGAGGAUACAUGUCUUUGCUUCAAUGCCCUCAAGGACCUACCAGGCCCUUACAUUAAGUGGUUCCUCAAUGCUCUAGGUCACCAAGGUUUGAAUGAUCUCUUGAUGGCAUUCCCUGAUAAGUCUGCACAAGCAGUGUGUACCUUUGCAUACUCGGAGGGCCCUAGCCACGAGCCAAUACUAUUCCAAGGCAGAACCACUGGAAAGAUAGUGCCUGCUAGAGGCCCGUCAAACUUCGGUUGGGACCCAAUAUUUGAAUACAAUGGUAAAACAUAUGCUGAAAUGAAUAAAUUGGAAAAGAACAAGAUAUCACAUCGUUUUCGAGCACUUGAAAAAUUGCAGGCCUGGCUUCAACAAACGUCAUGCUAG